AUGGGAAUUUCUGGAGAUGAAAGAACAUUUGAUCCACUUAACAAUCAAUCAUCCACAUUCACAUCUGAUACUACUGGAUUAAAUCCAGCCUCUAAAAGAAUGCAUCCAAUUGAAUUCUAUGAAAAAGACAUUAUUUACAAAUAUACCAAAAGUAAUAUAUAUUACUUAAUACCAUGUGAUAUUUCAAAUGUUCAUGGUAUUUUAACUAGAUGUGAGAAUGGUGAGAUGGAAUUUUUAUCAAUGAAUGAUGAUUAUAAAUCUCUAAAUUCAAAUAGUUUAAAUUGUUCAAUUAGUCAAGGAUCAGUCAAAGGACAAAAAUUUAAAUGUCAAUUAAUUGAUAUCCUUAACAAUUUAUUAUAUACACACAAUAUAUUUAUUUAUAUAUUUUCUUUAAUAACAACAAAUUCAACACUUUAUCCAUAUAAUUUAAAGAUUUUAAAAGGAAAAAAGCCAACAGAUUCAUCAAUAUCAUUAAUCAAUCAUGAUUUUGCUUCAUUAAUAUUUGGAUUGGAAAAUUUACAGGAAGAGAUAUUCUUAACUGGUUAUUCAGAUGGAUUAAUCACAUUUCAAACACUAAACUCUGUUCCAGAAGCACUUACUACAUUAAAUGAACCAAUUCAAGCUAUAUAUUCAAUAUGUUUAAAAUUUGAAAGUACUCCAGAAUCUAAGGAUACAAUCACUUUGAUUACCAUUGAUUCUGCUUCAAAACAGGAUUCUACUAUUGCAUCAAUUGCAUAUAAAGAAUAUCAUGUUCCAAAUACUGUUCAUUCAUCUUUUCUUUAUAAGAAUAGAUCGAUCAUGUCAGUUGAUAAAGGACAAAUAAUAUCUUUAAAUUUUGAUCAAGUGAUUUACAAAAAUGAACAAUUUAUCACUUUAAAUCCUGAUUUCAUUGAUUUUCCAAAUGGAUGUGUUAGAAUAUGUUGUUUAAAUGAAUUUGGUGAUGGUGGAAUAUUAGGUGGAAUAUUUCAAGAUGGUAGAUUUAUUUUUGGAAAAUUUACAUUUACAGAUUCCAAUAUAAAUUUUCAAAAUUUAAGUUCCAAUCAAUUAAAAAGACAAAUCAGAAAACAAUUGAAUUCAAUAGCAAAAUGUUCCUCAAGGCAAAAUGAAUAUGAAAAACUUAUUCAAAAUUUAAAUUCUGCACAAAUUAUAAGAAAUAAUGUACUUAAUAAUUUACAUAAAAUUAAAAAAAAAAAAAGAUGA